UAGUCUCUUGUCUCCUUCAUUUUACUCACAAACAUGGCCAACACCAACCAGCCAACCACAGACUCCCACGUAGCCAUUCUCGCUUUCCCCUACGGCACGCACGCCGCUCCUCUCCUCGCCGUAACGCGCCGUCUCGCCUCCGCCUCUCCCACCACACUCUUCUCCUUCUUCAACACCGCUCGAUCCAACUCCUCAUUGAUCCCCUCAGAUCUUCCAUCGAACAUUCGAGUCCAUGACGUCGCCGACUGCGAUCCGGAGGGACACGUGUUCUCCCGGAGACCACAGGAGGCGGUUGAGCUGUUUCUCGUAGCGGCGCCUGAAAUUUUCCGAAAAGCGAUCGCGUCAGCGGAGAGUGAUGUCGGUAAGAAAGUAACAUGCAUGUUAACGGAUGCGUUCUUCUGGUUCGCGUCGGAUAUGGCGGCAGAGAUGAAGGCGAAAUGGGUUGUGUUUUGGGCAGGAGGACCAAACUCGAUGUCUGUUCAUCUCUAUACAGAUCUCAUCAGAGAUGCCGUAUGUGUGAAUGAAGUAGAUGGGUGUAUGGAGGAGACACUAGGGUUUAUCUCAGGGAUGGAGAAGAUCAGAGUUAAAGACACACCAGAAGAUGUUGUGUUUGGGAAUUUAGACUCUGUUUUCUCAGACACGUUACACCAAAUGGGUCUUGCUUUACCUCGUGCCGAUGCGGUUUUCCUCAAUUCAUUUGAAGAGUUAGAUAAUACACUGACGAAUAACCUCAAGUCAGAGUUGAAACGUUACCUUAACAUUGGUCCUCUCGCGCUGUUAUCAUCUGUCUCACAAUCAGAUACACAAGUGCAUGAUCCUCACGGCUGUUUAGCUUGGAUGGAGAAGCAGGGGACUGCUUCUGUAGCUUACAUUAGCUUUGGUACAGUCGCGACACCGCCUCCCGGAGAGCUUGUGGCGAUAGCAGAAGGGUUGCAAUCGAGCAAAGUGCCGUUUGUUUGGUCGCUUAAGGAGAAGAACAUGGCUCAAUUACCAAAAGGGUUUUUGGAACGAACAAGAGAGCAAGGGAUAGUGGUUCCAUGGGCUCCACAAGUUGAACUGCUGAAACACGAAGCAACAGGUGUGUUUGUGACGCACUGUGGAUGGAACUCCGUGCUGGAGAGUGUGUCUGAAGGUGUACCGAUGAUUUGCAGACUUUUUGGUGAUCAUAGACUCAACGGAAGAGCAGUGGAAGCUGUGUGGGAGAUUGGAGUGACGAUUGUUGAUGGAGUCUUUACGAGAGAUGGAUUCGAGAAGUGUUUGGAUCAAGUUUUGGUUCAAGAUGAUGGUAUGAAGAUGAAGGGAAAUGCUAAGAAGCUUAGAGAUCAAGCGCAUCAAGCUGUCUCUGCGAAAGGAAGUUCUGUUGAGAAUUUUAAAGGAUUGUUGGAUGCAGUUGUGAGCAUUUUAAAUUAAAAACCACAUUUGUAUUGAUGGUAAUUUCAAAAAAGGAAGUUAAAACAAUGUCUUGCACCUAAAACAAGAACCGCUUUAACAAAAAAAAAACACUCGAAAAAGUCAAACCAUGUAACUAAGUUAAAAAUGAAGUAGUUUAACUAUUUUUGUUAUCACUUUUUUCCAAAAUAGAAUUGAAUUGAAGUAAGACUUAACCC